UCUUCCUGUGUGGGUGGGGACUACGGUGUUUGUCUACGUAGCAUUCAGCCUUAAACAUUUGACGGCCACGAUCACUUACACACCAAGAAGAACGUCUGUUCAAGAAACAGUUUGUUAAACACGUAUUUUUCUUACGAGCGGUGGAAAGGUAACAUAACCUGCAAGAUGGUGGCGAAACAGAGAAUCCGAAUGGCCAACGAGAAACACAGCAAAAACAUCACGCAGAGGGGGAACGUCGCCAAAUCAUCGAGGGGGACCCAAGAUGAGAAGGUGGCGGUGGGACCCUGGCUUCUGGCUCUCUUCAUCUUUGUUGUGUGUGGCUCUGCUAUCUUCCAGAUCAUCCAAAGUAUCAGGAUGGGGAUGUAAAAUGAUGCACGGAGAAAGGAGGCUUUUCAUUCUGCUUGAUCAAUGUCUUCUUCCCUGUUCUCUUGAACAAUGGCGCCCCCUGUCGGUCCUGUCGUCCAAUACCUAAGCCACUGACGCAUUUCUCAUAACAUUUCUGCACCUUAUUAGGACUUUUUGUUCUGGGUUUUCUGCAUUUUUUUUGUGUCUUCUGGCAUUCCUGCUGCAUUCACUUUCACACAUUUUGCUAGUUUACUACACAUUGAGGCUUUACCCUAUCUUUACCUAAAGGAAUCCAUGAUAGCAGUUCAUACCUGAAUGGUGAAUAUUGCUGGGGAAAAAAUGCAUUCCAUUUUCUUUUUUAUCUGAUGUCAUCAUCAUUUUACUCUCAGGUAUUCGACAGGUUAACCUAUGGGUCUGUGAAGUCUUUCCUAAUUAUUUUUUAAUUCUUCUAAGGGUGUAAUUUACAUUUGCCCAAUGGUGUAUUAUUUUCUCAGUGUCCUAGCAAAAUCAUAUUUGAUAAUUGUAUGAUUUUGUUUUGUUUUGUAUUUUGUUUCUUUGGACCAGAAUGUGGUUUAGUAAUGACAAAGCUGUCGUGAAAUUCAUAG